AUGAGGGGAUUUACGCGUCUAUUUCUGUUGGUGCUGUUGAGCGCCUGCAUCGUAUCAUCCUCCAAGUCCAACGUGCCGCGGCUGAGGCUUUCCUACAAAGACCUGGUGUCCUCUAACCGCUCGCUGGUCUUCAGUGGUCAUCAGGCACAGCAGGGGCAGCCCUGGGUGUCCGCGGUGCUUCUGGACGAGUACAGGGACCGGCUGUUUGUUGGGGGGAAGGACGUGCUCUACUCACUGCAGCUCAAACCCACCGGGCAAGAGUCAAAAGAGAUCCGCUGGCCUCCGUUGCCUGGAAACAGAGAGCAUUGUGUUUCAAUCGGAAAAGACCAAAAGACGGAGUGUGCUAACUUUGUGCGCCUGCUGCAGCCCUAUAACCGCACUCACCUGUUGGCCUGUGGGACCGGGGCCUUCCACCCGACCUGCGCCUUCAUCUACGUGGGACACCGCGGAGAGCACACAUUCUCGAUGGAUCCGUCUAAUGUGGAGAAUGGAAGAGGAAAAGUCCCUCAUGAUCCCAGUCUUCCCUUUGCCAGCACCUUCAACGGGGGUGAGCUGUACACAGGCCUGACAGCGGACUUCCUGGGCAGUGAUCAUGUGAUCCUCCGGACGAUGGGAGGUCGCUCCACUAUGAGGACAGAGACCGACCAGAAACUACUGCAUGACCCCAGAUUUGUGGCCGCCCAUCUGAUCCCAGACAACGAUGACAAAGACGACAACAAAGUAUAUUUCUUCUUCACCGAGAAAGUGACUGAGCCUGGAGACCGAGAGGGAGCCAUCUACUCUAGGAUCGGACGAGUGUGUGCGAACGAUGUUGGGGGACAGCGAGUCCUGGUGAACAAAUGGAGCACGUUCAUUAAAACCAGACUGGUGUGUUCUGUGCCGGGGCCUCACGGCAUUGACACACACUUCAACCAACUGGAGGAUGUGUUCUUGCUGAGGACUAAAGAUGAGAGAAACCCAGACGUCUAUGCAAUCUUCAGCACCAUCAGUAACGUGUUCCAGGGCUUUGCGGUGUGUGUUUAUCGCAUGGCUGACAUCAGAGAAGCCUUCAACGGGCCCUUCGCUCACAAAGAGGGCCCUGAGCACCAGUGGGGGGCGUACGAGGGCCGGGUCCCCUACCCCAGACCAGGAGUGUGCCCCAGUAAGAUCACAAACCAGCCCGGCAGAGAGUUCGGCAGCACCAAGGACUUCCCCGACUCCGUGCUGCACUUCACCCGCAGCCACCCGCUCAUGUGGAGGCCCGUGCACCCGGCCCAGAGGAAACCAGUCCUGGUCAAAACCAACGUCCCGUACCGACUGCAGCAGAUCGUGGUGGACCGUGUGGAGGCAGAGGACGGACAGUACGACGUCAUGUUCAUCGGCACCGAUGUUGGGACUGUUUUGAAAGUCAUGGCACUGCACACUGGAAACAGCCUGGAGACAGAGGUGAUCACACUGGAAGAACUUCACGUUUUCAAGGUUCCUACUCCUAUAACCUCAAUGGACAUAUCCGUCAAAAGGCAAGCCGUGUUUGUGGGCUCUGAGGUGGGCGUGGUGCAGGUGAAGCUGCACCGCUGUGAGACCUAUGGUAACGCCUGUGCUGAGUGCUGUUUAGCCCGAGACCCGUACUGCGCCUGGGACGGGGCGUCCUGCUCCCGAUACGUCCCCAACAGUAAACGCCGCUAUCGCCGCCAGGACAUUCGCCACGGCAACCCCGUCCUGCAGUGUGUCGACCAGAACCUGAGUGAGGAGGUGGACGUCCCGGAGGAAAGAGUGCUUUAUGGGACGGAGAACAACAGCACGUUCCUGGAGUGUGUUCCCCGCUCUCCACAGGCCUCCGUCAGCUGGCUGCUCCAACGGGACGACCGCAAAGAGGAGGUGAAGCUGGAUGAGCGUGUGAUGGCCACAGAGCAGGGCCUCCUGUUCCGUCAGCUGUUCCGGCAGGACGAGGGCGUGUAUAUCUGCCGCUCCCGGGAACACGGCUUCACCCAGACCUUGUCCCGUCUAAACCUGGAGGUGCUGCCCGCGGACUCCGUGGACGAGCUCAUGCAACGGGAAAGCCACCCAGACUACAAGGACCGCUCUGGGCUGGGACACCGCCCCUGGACCCCCUGCCACUCCUACACUCGCGGCAGUUCCAGCUCGCCCAUCGGCCAGUCCCGCACCUGGUUCAAAGACAUCAUGCAGCUGAUCGGCCCCGCCAACCUGCCCCACGUGGAGGAGUACUGCGAGCGCAUGUGGUGCAACGACAAGCUGCGGCGGAAGCACAAGAGUAUGUUGGAGAAGUACCGGCAGGCCCAGGACAGCGCCCGGAAAGCCCGCAGUAAGAGUGUGAGCGAACGCAACAGGACGCCGCGAGAUCUGGGCCGAGUCAGCCAAUAA